AUGCUAUUCUGUUGCAAUAUUUUAGCACUCGUUGGUGCUAGAACCAAUACUCAAUAUCCUCCAAACAAAGUUAUUAUUUGGGAUGAUCAUCAAAGCAGGUGCAUUGGUGAGUUUUCGUUUAGGUCUGUGGUUCGUGCUGUGAAACUACGACGGGAUCGCUUUGUUGUUGUUCUUGAGUACAAGAUAUAUGUCUACAAUUUUAUGGAUCUAAAGCUUCUUCAUCAGAUAGAGACUUUGGAGAAUCCUAGGGGACUUUGCUGCCUGUCACACUACUCAAAUACAUCAGUAUUGGCUUGUCCGGGCCUUCGACGAGGACAAGUUCGUGUUGAGCAUUUUGGCCUGAACAUGACAAAAUUAAUCAAGGCUCAUGAUUCUCAGAUAGCAUGCUUAACCUUGACAAUGGAUGGGCUUCUUCUUGCCACAGCUAGCACCAAGGGCACUUUGAUAAGAAUUUUCAAUACAAUGGAUGGGACUCAGUUGCAAGAGGUACGCAGAGGUGUAGACAAAGCCGAUAUCUACAGUAUAGCACUAUCACCAAAUGUUCAGUGGUUGUCGGUUUCUAGUGACAAAGGUACGAUUCAUGUAUACAGCCUAAGAGUGCGAAUUGUUGGGGAGGAUGUUGCAACUGAUAGCAGCACUGUUGGAAAUCAAGCGCUGUUGUAUCAACAGCAUUCAUCAACUUCACUUGAUGCUCUUAUUUCUCCGAGCACCGGUGCCAACCCUGGCUCAUCAUUGUCAUUCAUGAGAGGGGUUUUACCAAGGUAUUUUAGCUCGGAGUGGUCAUUUGCUCAGUUUCACUUGCCAGAGUGUACCCAAUUCAUCGCUGCAUUUGGUUCUCAGAACACUGUUAUUAUCGCUGGCAUGGACGGGAG